GCGACGCCAUUUGCUGUGACCGAGCGUGGGCGCAGGCGGAUCUCGGAAGAACUCGGCAGCGAGACUCUCCCGCGCACGCGACCCGGCCUCCCGCUCCUGCUCGGUCCUGUGCGGACCCACGCUUCGCCUCUCGUGCCCUUUGGAGGAGUCGCCGCCGCCGCCGCCGCCGCCAUAGAAGUCAGAGACGCCGCGAGGCCGCCGCCACCGCCAUGCCCAAGAAUAAAGGUAAAGGAGGUAAAAAUAGACGCAGAGGUAAGAAUGAGAAUGAGUCUGAAAAAAGAGAGUUGGUGUUCAAAGAAGAUGGACAAGAGUAUGCUCAAGUCAUCAAAAUGUUGGGAAAUGGACGAUUAGAAGCUAUGUGCUUUGAUGGUGUGAAGAGGUUAUGUCAUAUCAGGGGGAAAUUGAGAAAAAAGGUUUGGAUAAAUACUUCAGACAUUAUAUUGGUUGGUCUCCGAGACUACCAGGAUAAUAAAGCUGAUGUAAUUUUAAAAUACAAUGCAGAUGAAGCUAGAAGUCUGAAGGCAUACGGCGAGCUUCCAGAGCAUGCGAAAAUCAAUGAAACUGAUACAUUUGGUCCUGGAGAUGAUGAUGAAAUCCAGUUUGAUGACAUUGGAGAUGAUGAUGAAGACAUUGAUGAUAUCUAAAUUGAACUCAACAACUUACAUUCCAAUUUUUCUGAGGAUUGUUCAACAAUUUGGAUUUUGCCUGUGACCCGUUAAAGAAGAUUAAAAUUUCAUUAGUAUGAGUGCAAUUUGUUAAAACAGACUGAUUUAUUUCUAAGGUAUUUGUGUUUCUUUAGAAAUUGGUAAUGCUGAAAAUUCUUUUAAAUGUUAAACUCAUUUUGUUCCUUUGAUGUAAUGGAGCUUAUGGGUAGAAAACCACAUCUAUUUAAAAAAAAAAAAAAAAAGAGGAAAAAAAUGCAUUACUUCCUUUCCUGUUUGACCACUUCUAGUAAGUAAAUGGAUAUUUUGAAUAAACCAUUUGUCCUACACUCAUGGAUUAUGAUUAAGACUUAGUUUGCAAUAAUCUGUUGACUAUACAGUAACGCCUGUAUCACAUUUAUCUAGAUUUUCCCUUGAGAUUAUGAUACAAUUUAAGGGAAGCAGAAAUCUGCAAUUGAAGUAAAAAAUGAUUAGGUCUGAGUUUCAUAUUUAAGAAGCAUGUGGCUAUUUUUUUAUACUAAUUUUGAUAACAUGUACAUUUUUUUCAUGAUCUUAUUUUGCCACUGUAAACAUGAAACAGAAAGCAUUUCCAAAAUGCAGUUUUUAGAGCCUGAGUUUUAAGAGCAAUCUUGAAUUUGUAAGGUUUGUAGUUGCAGAAAUUGCACACUAGGUGGCACUCAUUUAACAUUGGAAAUAAUAUAGUUGGCAUCUUUUUUUCUUUUUUCUUUUUUUUGGGGGGGACUUUUACAGUGCAUAGGAAAUUCCCCUAACAAGGAAAGAUUGUUUUGAUCAUAUGCAUGUGUGUAUUUUUACAGAACAAAAAGGUUAUGUUAAGAAGUCAUUUUCAGAAGUCAUACACAUGUAAGCUAAAUUUUGAGUGCUUUGUAAACAUUUAAAUUAUGUAUAAAUGAAAAUUGAAAUUCAUGACAACCUGUACAAAUUAAGCUUUUUUCAAGCCAUCCCUGAAUUGGGGAAGAGGAGGGAAUAAUUUAAUGAAAAGAUGCUCUCUAAUUUGAGAUGGAUGAGCUACAGCUAAGAAAUACAAUAAAGACAUUGUCAUGCUGCAGAGUGUAUUGCACUCUUACUUUGUGUGCCAGGAUGUACUUUAUUGUGUGUACAAAUAUUUUAUUCAUAUUUUCCUGGGAAUUUAGAGAUUUACCCUUUUUUGUUAUCAACUAGCAAAAUGAUAUUAAGGGCUGGGCUAGUUAGACCUCACUGGCCACUUGAACUUGCAUGCAACUUUAAGAGAUCCAUUAUGUAGCAUGUGAAGCUUUUACUCCACUGUUCUCCAGAGAACUUUCUAGUGACUAAAAGUAAUACAAAGGGCAGUGCACCUUGUUUCAAAAAACAAGCAAAUUGUUUCUAAUCUCAUGCUUAAUUAGUAUAAUCCUUCCUCGUUGUGCAAACUCUGGAAUCAAAAUUUGAGGUACCAUAGAACAUUUUAAAAUCAAAGAAUAGAAAUUAAGAGUACAUAAUCAGGGUUUUCAUGUUACUUAUUCUAUGGCGUUCCUUAACACUGAUUUAGGUGGAAAGUAUUUGAGACCAUGUUGUUUUGCCAACAAUGUUUUAACUCUGUAUCUGUGAUAAGAGUUCAUGGUGGGGACAGUGAAACUCAAGCAUGAGUUUUUUUUACUUACCUCCUCUAACAAAUAUAGUUUAGCUACAAGAUUCUUUGAAAAUUGCAACUAUGGCCCCAAAUGGGUUUGCUAGUGAUAUUUUUCCUAUUGCCUAUGUAGUAACAGCCCAAUCUAGUGCUGUUGUAUUCUGGAAAAUCUCAAAUCAUAAUGAUUCAAAUGGUUGGGGUACAGUUGUAGCUCAUAUGCAACACUACUUGGAGGAGUUAUUUUACUAACUUGUUUUAAUAUAGAGAGUGAAUAGUUUUAAUUGAUUUGAUUAUAUUUCAAAUGAGGAACUUGAGAAAAGUUUUUUUGUUUGGGGGGGACUUUUUGGUUGUACUCCUUGAUUUCUAUAGUACAGUGCUAUAAGGUGUGUUCUGAAAGAAAAUAAAAUGUUUGAAAUCUAAGAAUAAUGGUUCUUACUACUAAUAGGGUAUAAGUUAUUGCUAAUGGAUUUGAUAAGGUUGUACUUUUCAUGCAGUGUUUAUUCUACUUCUGUUGAGAGUAUAAAUAUGUUGUGUUACUAAGUGGCUAACAAUCCAAACCAAGCUUUUAUGUAAAAAGACUUGCUUAAGAUUUAAUUGUCUGACUGUUGAAUCUCGAACAUCCAGCCUCUAAAGCGACUGCCCCUAAAGGAGCCUGUAAACUCUGCAUGAUGAAAAUUCUUGUAUUAAGGCGUGGCCAUCGGUUUACUCACUACAUCUAUGGAAUUGUGACAAGUAUAGUUGCUUAUAAAACUUGUGACUUGUAGUUUAACUUAAUCUCAUCUAUCUUGUGUAAAUAUUAAAUUAUAGGAUAUUGAAUAAUAUCUUUAAUAGGUAUAAACUGCUGUCAAUAUUGACUUAAGAGCAACUGAGUAAUUAAAUAGUCUUUAAAAAAGCAUGUUUCAAUUAAAAUACCUAGCUGGAUUUUUGCAUUAUUUGUAUCAUGUACAGAUUAAACAACAGCCAGUAUUAACUGUGACUUGACAGUUAAAGUAUCAGAAUGAAAGUGAGGUUCUUUAUGUUACCUGACUGUCAUAAAGACUUUAAAAAAAAAAAAUCAUUGUAUUGCUAUGGGAUGUUAGUUAGCUCUUUAUCCUGCAUAGUAAGGAACUGUUUCAUUUAUACUAUUUGGGGUCCCAUGAACUUUUUUACACACCACUCUGUUUUCUCUAGACUCUCAGGUACGGAACGAACUGAGGGAUUUGGAUUGUGUAUUGGACUGUGCCCUCUCACCCCAGCUAGCUGCCAGGUACUUGAGAGGCACCUGAUGGGGUCAGGUGGUCUGUGCCCCACCCCCCACUCUGCCAUUUACUUGCAGGUCAUGGGCACCUUCUCCAACUUGUCUGAGCUCUAGGCUCUUCACCUAUAAGUUGGGGGUGAUAAGAACAGUACCUGUCGAAUUUUUGAGGGAGUUCAUAAUGUUCGUGUUCAUACGUAUAAUGCACUCAGAGCAGUGUCUGCUGCUUUUCAUUGAUCUCCAGGACUGUCAUAAUGUUCAUGUGUGUGAUAUUCUUUGCCAUUUCUUUUACUUGCCGUCAUUGGUUUCUAUAAUAAAAGAAAGAUGUGGAAUACAUAUUUCUAUAUUCAUGUCGACACAAUAUUUUAAAUAAUUGCUAGGACCCUCAUUUAAUUCAGCUUAAGACUAACAGAUGGAAGUCUUUCAACUGCUUGAAGAUGUUUUGCAAAAUACUAACUGCUCUGUUUCAUUAGAGAAAGUUUAUAGUUAUUAAUAUUGAUAGCUCCGUUCAUAUUUCAUUCUUAAGUCUUAAUGAAUCCUUUUAUAGCCUUUUACUAUAAAUUCAUGACAGUAGUAAGUACUGACUGAUAUGGAGGUUUCCUUUCCCAUCAUUUUGAAUUAUGUAAAGAAAUCAGAUGCAAACUAUUACAGUUAGAAAAUAAAAUAUGAAAUAACUUUCAGUGUAUACAGUUGAUUCUUUUCAAACUGUU